AGAAUGAGGACAUCGUCCAGAAACAUGUUCUGCACAUUGUCUGUAUUUGUGGGCGUUGCUGUCAUUUAUUACUCCUACCAUAUAGAAAUCAGACAUCAGAAGACAAGAUCUCAGGAACUUCCCAUUGCCACAGACACCAUCACAGCUCUGGAUAAUCGAACAUUUAUCAUCUCUCCGUAUUAUGAGCCUAGACUUGGCCAAUCAGUCCGGGUCAUCGCCAUCCUCCAUGUGUCUGUGAAAGAACUCUACUGUAUCUUCCAUUGUUCCUCCAAUCAGAAUGUCUUCAUCAGGGCACAAAUAGAUCUUCAUGGUGACAGAUUUGGGUUCCCGUAUGGAACAGCAGAUCUUCUAUGUGCAGAACCUUCUGGGUGUGAUUACACUUAUAUGUCUUUCUCUUCAACUAUCUCCACAAAUACAGGUCAGAGUAUCCUAUUUGAGGUCAGGAACCGUCCACCACAGCCAAUCUCCUCCAAUUUCACCGUCUGUAUCUCUACUUUGUUUGGAAACUACAACAAUGUCCUCCAGAUGAUCCAGAGUAUUGAGAUGUACAAGAUUCUGGGGGCCUCUAGAGUCACAAUCUAUACAACCAACUGUUCCCGGAAUGUAGAUAAGGUGUUACGUCAUUACAUUGAUGAAGGAACUCUAGAGGUGGUGCCAUGGCCAAUAGACCGCCAUCUUCAGACAUCGAAAAAAUGGCGAUUUUCCAAAGGACUCAAGGCUGAGAUCGGAUAUUUCGGACAAACUGCAUCCCUAAAUGAUUGUCUAUACAGGAACAUGUACAAAAGUAAGUUUGUUCUCCUCCAUGACAUUGAUGAAAUUAUUCUUCCAGUCAAGGACUGGGACUGGUCAUCCCUGAUGGAGAAUCUCCAGAAUAAAUUCCCAAAUACAAGCGUCUUCCGCUUUGAGAGUCAUCUCUUUCCCAUUCCAGUCAACAAUUCCGUAUUUGACCUGUGGCCUCAUGUUCCCGGGCUCAAUAUUCUCACUUACCGUCUCCGACACCCUAACAAGCCGAAUAACUUCAAUGCCCCCAAAAUGAUUGUGAAUCCCAGAGACGUAUUUCAAACCUCCAUUCACAUAGCUGAGACACGCAAACAAAAAUCGUAUAUAGGAGAAGAGACGGCCAUUCUCUUCCACUGUAAAACGAGGAACGAUGACACCAUCGAGGACCUCAUUCCCGAUGAUAGGUUGAUGAGAUACAAUCUGACCUUAGUGCCCAAUGUAGAUAAGGUGAUCCAGAGACUUUUCCCUCAGCAAUCUCCCCUCCCCCUGAAAAUCCUGUAAUGUAAAGACUGGAAU